AUGUCAAAAAGGUAUUCAUUCAUUGGUAAAUCACCUAAAUCUAGUCAAGAUCCAACAUUUGAUACACCAAUUAAUCCAUAUGAGGUUGUAAAUCAAAAGAAUCAACUGUAUUAUCAAAAUUCAAAUCAACAACAACCAAAGGUCAUAAUAAAUGAAGAUCCAAUCCUUCCCAAUUACACCAAAAUUCAAAUGUCAACAAAGAAAAGAGCAAAUUAUAAUAUGAAAAUUGUUGUUGUUGGUGAUGGUGCAGUUGGAAAAUCAUGUUUAUUGGUUAGUUAUGCUGAAUCUAAAUUUCCAGAAAUUUAUGUUCCCACGGUAUUUGAAAAUUAUGUCACCAUUGUACAAUCACCAUACGGUAAAACUAUAGAAUUAGCAUUAUGGGAUACUGCUGGUCAAGAAGAAUAUGAUAGAUUAAGACCAUUAAGUUAUCCAGAUACAGAUUUAAUUUUACUUUGUUUUUCAUUAAAUAAUUUAACAAGUUUACAAAAUGUUAAAGAUUUAUGGUAUCCUGAAUUGAACCAUUUUUGUCCUGAUAUACCUAUAAUUUUAGUUGGAACAAAACAAGAUUUAUAUUAUGGAGAAAUUGAUAAUGACUUACCAAUACAAGUAGCAAAAGAAAUUGGUGCAAUUGGGUAUAUUCAGUGUUCGGCAAAAACUAUGUUCAAUAUAAGAACAGUUUUCAAUUUUGCUUUGAAUCAUUUCCAAAAGGAAAUGGAAUUACAAGAACAAGUUGAAAAAUCUCAACAAUCAAGUAAGAAAAGACUACUGAGAGUUUUAGGUAGCUCAUCAGAUGGUGCAAAAUACGCUAUGGGACAUACAAGAAAUCAAUCAUCAUUAUCAAAUAAAAGAAGAGGACAUUUAAAAAAUACAAGUUAUGAUUCAACCAUAUUAUUAGAUCAACCAUUAACUGAAGACAAUUAUGUAAAGAAUCCAUACGGAGAUUUUGGAAGUAACAAUAAUAGUGGCAGAAAUACAAAUGGUAAUAGUACACCCAAUCCCAAUAUUUAUAAAGAAGAAUUUGACUUUAUAAGAGAUAGAGAAAAGAAGAAGAAGAAGAAAUGUGUAAUAUUAUAG